UGUUUCCUGUUGAAAAUGUCUGUGUAAUGUAGAUAAAUGUGAGGGAUUUUCUCUCUAAAUCCGUCUCCUGUUCGCUAAAUCUCACUUCUCCAAAACGAGCCUGCGCAAUGGAACAAAGUCGGAAUAUUGAGAUGUGACAUUGCCCGCAUCUCAUCCUCUUUCUCCCCGUUUUUUAAUGACUUCAAACAAGUUCAUUUUCGCCGGGCUUUAUCGUGCGGAGACCCGUGGGGAUGCCUUGCGCUCAUUCCUUUCAGUGGCAUUUAUGUGAUGUCUUCAAGUGUGCGAUGUGCUGUAUCUCCUGUAGCCACACCCUCUCACUACUGCUGUGCGUCCUCACCCUGACUCCGACGGCAACAGGGGCGGGGCCAGAGACCCUGUGCGGGGCGGAGCUGGUCGACACGCUGCAGUUUGUGUGUGGAGACAGAGGCUUUUAUUUCAGUAAACCAGUAGGCUAUGGCAACACACGGCGAUCACAUAACCGUGGCAUUGUGGACGAGUGCUGCUUCCAAAGCUGUGAGCUGCGGCGCCUGGAGAUGUACUGUGCACCUGCCAAGACUAGCAAGGCAGCUCGCUCUGUGCGUGCACAGCGCCACACAGACAUGCCGAGAACACCUAAGGUUAGUACUGCAGGGCACAAAGUGGACAAGAGCACAGAGCGUAGGACAGCACAGCAGCCAGACAAGACAAAAAACAAGAGACCUUUAUCUGGACAUAGUCACUCAUCCUGCAAGGAGGUGCAUCAGAAGAACUCAAGUCGAGGGAACACAGGGGGGAGAAAUUACCGAAUGUAGGGAAGGAGCGAAUGGACAAAUGCCCAGCGACGUGGGAAGAGAGAAGGGAGUGGCCUUACCUGGUACCCCUGUGGAAUGGUUCACUGUAAAUCAAAACAAAGAGGAUGCUAACAAUGGUCCGAUAAGCUCUGCAAAAUGAUAGAAACCUGGCAGUUAAAGUGCUGUUUAAGGGUUUGAUGAGGGAUAUUCUGAUUACUUUAUACACUGCACCAUUCCAUAUUGGGAGGAAUUCUUUGUUAAUGCAAUUUAACAGACUAGUUUAGCUGCUGAGACACGAACAAGAGCUUAUUAUACCUCCAUGUGUGAGCUGCAGCAUCCCCUGGCUCCAGGAAGGUGGGAACGCAUCUGGGCUUCAGCCAAUCAGAGAGCAGCAGGCUGUGUAUGAGAAUCAGUGGUCCAUCCUGUCCCCUGAAUUUUGAGGAGGUAAAUCCUACACUGAGAGGUUUGUCUGUGCUUGGCCAUUCACUCCUUCGGUAAGACAGGAUACAUUUUCACCGAGUCACAUGUAACGAUUACGAUCCCAAUUAAAUCUGAUUAGACCUCAUGUCGAAAGAGUUUUCUUUGGCAAUUGUGACAAAAAUGAUGGCUACAACGGUGUUAUGCAUCAUGCAUUACUGAGGAU